GACCAGUUUUGUUUCUGCUGGGGUUGGUCAGACUUUCUCUCAAUUUCAAGGGGAACAUGGUUACACUUCACAUUAAGAUGCCGAACUGGGGAGGUGGAGCCAAAUGCGGCGCCUGUGAGAAGACAGUGUACCAUGCUGAGGAAAUUCAGUGCAACGGAAGGAGUUUCCACAAGACCUGCUUCCUCUGCAUGGGUUGCAGAAAAGCUCUGGACAGUACCACAGUAGCAGCUCAUGAAUCGGAAAUUUACUGCAAAACUUGUUACGGGAGAAAAUACGGUCCCAAAGGCAUUGGCUUUGGACAAGGGGCAGGAUGUCUCAGCACUGAUACUGGUGACCAUCUAGGCUUGAAUCUGCAACAGGGAUCACCAAAGCCUGCUCGCCCUUCUACACCAACUAAUCCUUCAAAGUUUGCCAAAAAGAUUGUAGAUGUGGAUAAGUGCCCCCGUUGUGGCAAAUCAGUAUAUGCUGCAGAGAAGAUAAUGGGAGGAGGAAAACCAUGGCAUAAGACAUGCUUCCGCUGUGCUAUUUGUGGGAAGAGUUUAGAAUCUACAAACGUUACAGACAAAGAUGGAGAGCUCUACUGUAAAGUUUGCUAUGCAAAGAAUUUUGGCCCCAAAGGAAUUGGUUUUGGUGGUCUCACUCAAGUGGAAAAGAAAGAGCAUGAAUGAGAAGAAAUGGAUGCAACAAACUUCAACUGCUGUUGAUGCCACCAAAUAAUAGUUGUCAAGUAAAACAUUAAAACAUGACAUAAUGCUAAGAACCUAAGGCAUUAUUUUUAAUGUUCUCCACUUUGCAGGAAAGAUUUGUAAGCUUUUAUCAUAAGGAAUUCUUAGAAUAGCUUAAAAAACAUACAGCAAAAAAACUAGAUUCAUGCUUAUUUUACAGUAAAGAAAAACAAAAAAUGCUAAUGAAACAUUAUUGCUUUUUACACUAGUAUUUAUCACACUUUAGACUGCAACUUUAAAGACUUGGCAUACUCUACCAUUGAGACAGAGAUAACCUUAUGAGCACAAAGGUCAAAGUAUGCUGACUUAGGCCAUAAUUCCCUUUGUUUAGAAUAUUAUGCUACUUCUACCAAUUUCCUAGUGACAUUCUGAACAUUUUGACAUUUUUGUAUUAUGGCAAAGUAGCUGUUACACAGUUUGAGACAGUUGAUGAGGAUUUGAAAUUCUCUCUAACAAUGAGAUAUUUCUGAGAAAAGACAUUUUCUUAGAAUACAGUGUUGUGUUAUUUUAUGUUUUCAAGCUACAAUAAAGUACUGAGACAGCUUUCAUGUUA